AAUAUUUGUCGUAAACAAGUGUGGAGGUUGUUUGAAAUUAACGUGUAUGAACUUUUCUAGAUAUUUACGCAGGAAUAAGAACGUUGUUUAAAAUAUUUUAAAUAAUAUUACGUUUAUCAAUGUCUAAUUGUUUGAAAAGAGGAAUAUUUGUAUCUAAAAGAUUACUGCAAGUGUCAGUGACUUCUUUUGCUGGAAAUUCUAAAGCUUCGACUUUGAAUUUAUCCUAUAGACAUUACAAACACUGUAAUGGAGUAUUUUCUGAAAAAAAAUUGCAAGUCAAGAUAUCCGAUCAUUAUGUCAGAGAAUUAUGUACUGCUACUGAAGUAUCCGAGAAACCAGAUCUGUUAUCGAUGAAGCCAAAUGAUUUCGCGGAAUAUUUAAAGUCUCAAAAUAUUUAUCGUGUUUUCAUAGUUUGGAACGAAGUAGAAAAGAAAGCGAAAGUUUCUCAUCCUGAACUGAAAGAAUUAGAAGACUGGAUUAAUAAUUCAAAAAAUUAUCAACAGCAUGAAGCUGUUUUUAUUCAAUUGGGACUUAGAACUGGAUGUCUUUUAGGUGCUUUUCUAUGGAGAACGAACCGUGGACAAGCUUGUGGUGGAAUUCGGUUGACUGAAUAUCUAACAAUGGAAGAUUAUCUUCAGACUGGAUUAAGGUUAUCUGUUCGAAUGGGAAUAAAAGCAGCAAUGUCUGGCAUAUGGGGUGCUUUUCGCAAGGUUCCACCUUCAUCCUUUGCUGAUGUAUCCUCCAAAAGUUAUAGACCUUCGCUGAGAGAAACUUCGGAAAUUCCGAUUUGCAUUCACCAGACAUCGUUUCCUGUUCAACAACUGGACCAUCUGUUAAAAUUAAUAUUAAGUUUCAUUUACUUUUAUUCUUCAUGCUAUUUAAGUAGUAUUAAUAUUUUAUUUCAAGUUACAGCAAUGGAUAUAGGUACAAAUCCUCAAGAUUUAUAUAAUGUCCACUCUCGUACAAGAUGGGCAGUUUGCAUACCUGAAGAUAUCGGAGGUUCUGGAAAUCCUGCAAAACUUUUAGGCAGAGGUGUUAUUUGUGCAAUGGAAGCAGCUCUUGAUUAUAUGAAAAUGGGAAGUUUAGCAGGAAAAACAGUUGCAGUUCAGGGGGCUGGAUCUGUAGGUUUUGAUGUAGUAUCAAGAUUGAUUUCUUGUGGAGCUCAUGUGUUUGUAACAGAUUCCAGUCAAAAACGUAUAGAUGACAUAAGAGAUGUUCUUGCUUGUAAAGCUAAAGGCCGUUUGACUGUAGAAAAAGUAAAUUUUGGAGAUCUGAGCAUACUUGAAUAUAACUGUGAUAUUUUUUCUCCUUGUGCAAUUGGACACAUAUUGAAGCCUGCUAUAAUUCCCAAAAUCAAAGCUAAAAUUAUCUGUGGUACAGCUAAUGCACUAUUAGAAUCUGAAGAAGAUUGCCAGUUACUUGUAGAUGCUGGAAUAACAUACGUAUUUGAAUUUCUUCCUAAUAGAAUGGCUAUGGUAAAUUCAGUUCAUGAAAAUUAUGGACGAGUAUACAAAGAUCCAGAAAUAGAAAAACAUUUUGAUAAAACAUUGGAAUAUUCAAUAUAUGGCUUAACAAAGAAAAUAUUGCACGAAGCUAGCAAAAAGCACAUUACAGUAUUAGAAGCAGCCAAUCAACUAGCUAAUGAAUUGAGUCUUCAUAAUCAUCCAUUGUGGCCAAAUCGUGCCAAAAUGAUUGUGAGAAGUUUGGUAGAGGGAGAGUGGCACCAGGGAAAAGAUUUCUGGAGAAAACGUCGAAACUUUGCAACCAUUGGAUCUUCAUAAAUUUAAAAUAAAAUCAAAGUUUAUAUAUUUUUUUAAUAAAAAAUUAAGCAUUAUAUUAUAUUUUGUUUAUUUAGAAAUUUUUAUAAUUAGAAGGUAUUCCCCCUCUCUCUUUCUAAAACUUUCACUAAAUUAAUUUUAAUUUUUAAAAGUUACUUUUUUUAGGUUGUAUUAUAAUUCUAAUUAUUUAUUUAUUUUGAACA